CACACUAUACACAGUCACUGAAAGUCUGAAGGCUUGCUCCGCCUCACUUCUAAUCUCUCUUUUCAUUAAUGAUUCACACUCUUCAAGUUGACCUUCCUUCAACAUCUAACAAAAUUAAGACCCGUCCUAGGAGCAGCUUCAGCCCUGAGCCUCCUGCAGCUCUGAUACCUCUGUGGGUUGAGUCUCCUACAGACUGCAUGCUUGCUAAACUUCUCAUCCUGUGCACACAGGUUUGUCAAAAACUGAUGCUGAGUCUCCAGUGACAGUGGAAUGGAUAAAAGCCAUGGCACAUUGUGACUUGCGGUUACCGUCCUCCUCUCCUGUUGAUGUCGUCAACCUGGGACCUUCAGGAAACCCACAUGCCAGGCCCACUGACUUUGACUUCCUGGCUGUCAUUGGCAAAGGGACCUUUGGCAAGGUCCUGCUCGCCAAGCUCAAAGCAGACAAUAAAUUCUACGCUGUCAAAGUGCUGCAAAAGAAAGUUAUCCUGAAGAAGAAAGAGCAAAAGAACAUCAUGGCAGAGAGAAAUGUGCUGCUGAAGAGUCUGAAACACCCGUUUCUGGUUCGGCUGCACUACUCCUUUCAGACCCCAGAGAAACUCUACUUUGUCCUUGACUAUGUAAAUGGGGGAGAGUUGUUCUUUCACCUGCAGAGAGAGAGGUGUUUCUCUGAGCCCAGAGCGAGGUUCUACGCCGCUGAGUUAGCGAGCGCCAUCGGCUACCUUCACUCUCUCAACACCGUUUACAGAGAUCUGAAACCAGAGAAUAUUCUUCUAGACUCUCAGGGGCAUGUGGUGCUCACAGAUUUUGGGUUGUGCAAAGAGGGCAUAGAGCCGGAGGGAACGACCUCGACUUUCUGUGGGACUCCAGAAUACUUGGCUCCAGAGAUUCUUCGUAAGGAGCCAUAUGACAGGACAGUGGACUGGUGGUGUCUGGGCACGGUGCUCUAUGAAAUGAUCUACAGCCUGCCUCCUUUCUACAGCUGUGAUGUUGCUGAAAUGUAUGACGGGAUCCUCCACAAGCCACUGCCACUGCCUCCAGGGAAGUCUAAUGCCGUCUGCGCUCUGUUGGUGGGCCUUCUGCAAAAAGACCCGCACAGACGCCUUGGGGCUAUCGCUGACUUUCUAGAAAUAAAGAACCACGCCUUUUUCUCUCCAAUCAACUGGGAUGAUCUUUACCAUAAGAGAAUCGCUCCCCCUUACAACCCUAACGUGAAAGGCCCAGCUGACACUCAGCAUAUUGAUCCAGAGUUCACCAGAGAAAUGGUUCCUACCUCGGUGAGUCGGACCCCGGAGCUCGCUGCCAGCGCCAGCUCAAGUAACGCCUUCAAUGGGUUCUCCUUUGUCGCCAGCGAGGACAGCUUCCUGUGAGACGAAGGUCCCGACAGUCAGAUUUGAAUGGAGUGAUUGUACCUCUUCUGAGUUUAGAUGUCAUGCUCGGCCACUGCAGAGGUUUCACCAGCAUGUGGGGCUGAAUUUACACAAAUGAUGUUUUAAAUUGUUUUAUACACAGACAUUACUGUGGUUUGACUUUUUAAAAAGAAAAUGAUCUCCUUGCGUACAUCCAGACUUUCUCACUGAUCCUGUUUUUAUAGAAAACUGAAUGAACAUAUUUUUUACAUAAACACUAGCACAAUUUUAUGAAUGUCAGCCAACUUCACUGCAGAGUGCAAAUUUAUGGUUAUUUGUUAUGUGGACCAUUGUUUUGUCUAUUGUAACUGAGGAAGGUCCUCAUAUAUGUUUGUCUGGAGAUUAUUUUAGUCUGUAGAUGGCAGACAGCAAUAUUGAUUAGCUUUAUUUUAUGGUAUGUAACAGGCUAAAACAAAAAAUACUGUAUUGAACAUCUGUAAAUAUACAAUAGUAGCUUUGCAAUAGGAUUAUGUACUGUAAUGUGAUUAUAUAAACCACAAAGUGCCUCUCUGUUUCAGAAAUUAAGUUAGUGAUGGUUGGUGUUUGAUGUUGGCAGUGAUGGGUGUGUAUCUGACGUCAUUUUAUUUUUAUCUCAU